GCCUUGUGUAUUUCCUGUCACGGUCGGUAGGAGGAAAAGCAGUAGGCAACAGAGACGUGUAUUUAUAGAGUUGGAAGAAGGCAUUUCAUCAUGAAGAAACAGGACACGGAAGAGUCGGCCACGCAGGGCAGUGACGCGGCUCCACCACCUGGCACUGGAGAGAUGGAGGGAAGCACAGCGGCAAAAGACGUUACAGAGACCAGUAGCCCAAAAGACGUUAUAGCUACUGUCAGCCCUAAAGAGCCAGACAGACCUUCACAGAUUGAUGGGGCUGAAAGUUCAGUGGGAGAGGUGUCUGCCGUUCCCAACACAGCAGAGUCUGCAGCUCUCCCCGCGGUCCCACCUGUAGAAGAGCCUGCUUUCGUCCCAGUCUCUACUAUAGCAGACGCUGUACCCGUCCCAGUCUCUACUAUAGCAGACCCUGUACCCAUCCCAGUCUCUACUAUAGUAGACCCUGUCCCCGUCUCUACUGCAGCAGAGGGGGUGUCGUCUCAGUGUGACAUGGCUGAGGAGCUGAGCCGCCAGCUGGAGGACAUCCUCAACACCUACUGCCUGGAGGACAACGGGGAAGACGGGGUUAACCUGCCCAACGGCCAAUCACACGGCCCUGUGCUCAACGGCCUGGCCAAUGAGAAGGAGCUGGACGUGAAGCCAGAGGAUGUCAAAGUGAACGCCUGCGGAGUGGAGAAGGAGAAGGCGAAGACUCAGGACAAGAAGAAGGUGAAGGGUCUGGGUAAGGACUGGUUCUGUUGCUCUGAAAUCAACCCCGAGGGUAGGAUGAAACUGGCAGGACUCUGUAAGAAGUAUGCUGAUCUGCUGGAGGAGCAACGGAACAGUCAGAAGCAAAUGCGGGUCCUACAGAAGAAACAGUCCCAGCUGGUGCAGGAGACAGACCACCUAAAGAAGGAACACAGCAAGGCUAUCCUGGCACGCAGCAAACUGGAGUCACUCUGUAGGGAGCUGCAGAGACACAACCGCACACUCAAGGAGGACGGGACACAACGUGCACGCGUGGAGGAGGAGAAGAGGAAGGUGGUGACAUCACACUUCCAGGUGACUCUGAAUGACAUCCAGGCCCAGAUGGAGCAGCAUAACGAGAGGAAUGCCAGUCUGAGGCUGGAGAACUCUGAGCUGGCAGAGAAGCUCAAGAAACUCAUCCAACAGUACGAACUACGAGAGGAGCACAUUGACAAGGUGUUCAAGCAUAAGGACCUGCAGCAACAGUUGGUGGAUGCGAAGCUACAACAGGCUCAGGAACUGCUUCUGGAGUCUGAGGACCGACAUCACAGAGAGAAGGACUUUCUGUUGAAGGAAGCGGUGGAGUCUCAGAGGAUGUGUGAGCUGAUGAAGCAGCAGGAAGCCCAUCUCAAACAACAGCUGUCCUUAUACACAGAGAAGUUUGAGGAGUUCCAGACUACUCUGUCCAAGAGCAAUGAGGUGUUCACCACUUUCAAACAAGAGAUGGAGAAGAUGACGAAGAAGAUCAAGAAGCUGGAGAAGGAGACGACCAUGUAUCGUUCCAGGUGGGAGAGCAGCAACAAGGCCCUGCUGAACAUGGCUGAGGAGAAAACUCUGCAGGACCGUGAGUUCGACAGCCUCCAGGGGAAGGUAGGGAAGUUGGAAAAGCUUUGCCGUGCGCUGCAGAACGAACGCAACGAACUCAGCAAGAAGGUUCAGGGCCUGAGCACCGGCCCCGGGGACAACAGCCCAGGGGCCGAAUCCCCUUCCCUACCCCCCACAGACUCCCAGGAGCCUAGCCCAGACCCCGACACCACCACCCCCAGCUCCCCAAUACCCUGCUCCCAUGGCUGCCACUGUGGCCCAGAGUUGGACACUGAGAACCAGGCCUGUGCAGCCACCCUCACUGCCCGGGAAUGAGACCUCUUGCCUGGGCAACACCGCUCAGUCUCCCCUUCACCGACCGAUUACCAACUACCAGCCUGCAAGCCAAGCCACUAUUAAUGUGGGAGUUAAGAGUGUGGGUCUGUAUGAUUUUCCCCCAGAGUUAGAUAAAGUUGUCCCCUAACCACAGAUCUAGGAUCAGAUUCCCUUACGUCCAACUUAAAACCAAUAGGGCGGUGCAAGAACAUCUGACCCUGGAUCUGUAGUCAGUUAGCAGCUUCUACCUACUCUGGUGGCUCCUGGAGAGUUGAAGGUGAUGAUGGUGUCAGUCAGGGAUGAUUAUUGGAGCUUCUUCAUCCUGCGUGUUUUGUUUUUUGGUCUUUUUUUUUAUUUUUCCUUUGAGAACUCUAGUACACAAAUGUUCAUGGAAAUCACAGCUUUUAUGCGAGGCAAAGCAAGCAACAACAAAAAAAAGGCUUCAUCCCAAAUGGCACCCAAUUCCCUAUAUAGUGCACUACUUUUCACCAGAGCUCUGUUGGAAUAGGGUGUUAUUUGGGACACUGGCUGCUUAGGAAGGUAAAUCUACAGUAAAGAUGUUGGGACAGGAAGGUAUUUCGUGUGUGUGUGCUUGUCUCCAUCAGUCCCUCUUUUUCAUGUGUGCGCGCGCAUCCGUGUGUGUCAGUCAUAAAGAGGUUAAGAUAUAGUGAAUCUGCAAAUGUACGGCCACAGUUAAACUUGAAUUUUAGGAUUUUUAUUUUUUAUUGUUAUUUUUUUUAAAGUUGAACACUGAAAGCAUGGCUAACUCAUCAGCGCAUGUAGGAAUCACCUGACCUUUCCUUCGCUACAGAGAGCAGAGUGUAUAUAUCUAGGUUGGGGAUAAUCUUGCAAAAGGUUCACUUUCAUUCCAUUUUAGACAUCCUUGUUUAGGUCCAGAGCAUCAAAACACUUAAAGGGAUGGUGUAGAUAUUCUUUAUGAAUCUUGUAGUAUCGUUGGAUCCACACAAAAUGCUCUUAGACCAGGGUUUUAUUCACGAGGAACCAACCGGAAGCAAAUGGGGGGUGAAAUGAGGAGGGACCUGAGCUGAAUUUCUCCAACAAGAGAAUUUUUUUUCAUUUCUAAAUGUUUUCUGCUGCAAAAUGUUUUGUUAAGGUUUGUACUAAUGAAUACACCUGGAGAUUAGAAAAAAUCGCCUUGUUCUUUUCGUUGGGUUUUGGGUUGCUUCUUUAUAUCAGUGUUGGGUUUUAAUUCCGUUCAAUUAUCCUCAAUAGUUUUCAAUUAGGAAAAUGUGGAGUUGACCCCGACUCUGCUUUAAAUCAUACUGUACUUUGGACCUCCUUUAUGUUGCAAAGACUGCACAGCAGAGUUUGUACACUGUAUUUGUUUGAUAUACAACUGUUAAAAAAAAAAAUAUAUAUAUAUAAG